AUGAAUUCAAUGACAAAGAAUAAUUCUUCAUAUAUACCUUAUGAUAAACCAAUAUCAACAUGGAAAACACUUUCAACAAGUUUAAUUUCUGCUGAACGUGAUUAUGUAAAAUUUUAUUUGGGUCAAGCAUUAAUCGAACAAUGUGAAGAAAUUGAAAACGAAAUUGAUAGUUUACUUGACAUCUGGCGAGAAUAUCGAAAUGAAACUGUUGCCAAUUGUACAGAUUCAACAUUUCAUAGUUUAGCUGAACCACCUAUACUACGAAAACGUUUAACAACUGAAAUUGAAUUUUUUGUUAAACAUAUACAUGAACAGUGCGCACAAGAUGAUCAUAUAUUUCAUCGUCGUUUAUCAAAUGGACAUAAUUGGAAUGCUAUUAAUUAUGCACUUGUAACAGGUACUGGUGAUGAUGAACGUCGUAUACGUGAACGACCUGUAUCAGCACGUGAUCGUCAUGGACGAGAAACACCAAUAUUAAGUAUUCCAGAACCAGCUGCAAAUAUUGAUGAAACUAAAAUAAUAAAUUCUCUUUCACCAAGAACAUUAGCAAAUAUUGAUAUAAAUACUGUACGUAAGAAAUUAAAAGAUUUUACAAUUGAUGAUAUUAUACAACGUUUAAGACAAGCAAUUACUGAUGAUAUUAAAAUACUUGAAAAUCAUGUUACUUAUGUACAUCAAAAAUUAGAAGAAGAAGCAGAUUAUCGUGCAAAAACAAGAGGUCUUUUACGAGAACCAACUCUCGGAGAACUUAGAGAUGAACGUAACCGACUUGAGAAAGAAAUAUUUAAUACUACCAAUACAUCAGCUCCAGUCGAGACAUCGAGUACUUUACAAAAUUCUCAUAGACAAACAUCAACACAUGAUACUAGUCGUCGUUCAUCAGCAAGUUCAAUAACUAGUUUGAUUCAAAGUCCUCGAUCAUCAUUAGAUGAAAUAACAACAAAAACUAUUCAUUCAACUGGACCUUUACAUGCUUUUGCAACUGAUCCAUUGACAACAACAAAACCUCGUUUAUCAAUUGAUCGAAAAGUUUCCACAGUAUCAACAACAACAGCUGGGAAGUCCACUACACCUGUAUUAGUUCGUUUGGGUUCAAUUAAACAACAAGAUCUAUUGAAACAAUAUCCAUCAUUAACGACAACAGCUACAAAUACAACAAAACCGACUAAAACUCGAGAAAAUUCAACAACACGUAGGAAUUCAGCUGAUAAAUUUCGUCAAAUGGUGCUUGACUGUCGUGAGAUAAGAAACUGA